AUGCCCACAAGCCUGAUGGGAGGUAGGUUGGCAUGGAGCAACUACUCUGACUACUCCGGCGCCUUCAAGGCUCGCGGGCUGGGGAGGCGAGCAAGGAGUUCUCGGCCUCCAGCGAACAGUAAGUACGCUGCUGUUCCUCUCGAAACCGAGCAGAUGCUGACUGUUUGUCUCAGCUCUGCUUAUCUAGCCUCUCUACCACGCAAAGUGGGAGCUAUUGCAUACCUGAGAGCGGCCUACACCACUCCUGCUGUUUUGCUCUACAACGAUUCGAUACUACCUAUUGGAGUCCAGAAGGAGAACAGACUCUCUAGAAACGCCAAGAUCGCCAUUGCUGUGGUCGUGCCUAUAGUCACUAUAGUCUUGAUCGCCGCCCUGGUUGUUUUCUGCUUGAAGCGAAGGCGGCGCAAACGGGCGAACAUUGCAGAGGGCAGGAUCGAGCGCUCUAAAGAUUCGCAUGCCUCACUCGAGGUGCACCACGCCGUGACAGAAGAUCCUGCUUCUGAUGCCUUGCAUUCGAGUGGUCCCGCGGAACUUGGAAGUACUGGUCAAAACUAUCCACAUGAGCCGCAGGUAGAUCAGCCUUCCUACGCUUUCAAGCGGUCGAGCUUGAAGAUUCUGGCCGAGCUGAAAUUGGCCAUUCGACACGAGCGCCGGCAGAAGUGCCUGGAGUACUCCAACCUGGCUCUGGUCAGACGCGGAAAUGAAGAAGGUGCUGCUGGACUCGAGUUGGUGACAUCAGACUGUCGACAGAUACAUGCAAUCGGUUCCAUAUGCUUGUUCUCAACGGCUCGGCAGCAUCAGCACCACUUGUGCGCGCGUCUUGGACAUGGCUUCCGCCUCUGCCUUCGCCAUCUAAAUCCACCAACAAAGAUGUCGUCAGUAGCGACAAGCGCCGACUCGGCUACAAAAGAGGAGGAAAUAUUCGACAUCAUCCUCAUCGUCGGCGCAGAAAAUGAAAAGCUACGCGCCUCCUCAGCAGUGCUCAGCGCCAACUCGCCCGUCUUCGCCGCCAUGUUCGGCCCCAACUUUUCAGAAGGACAGCAGCUGCGAGACCCUAGCCGGAAAGAUCCCGUCCAGAUCAAGCUGCCCGAAGAUGAUGCUCAUGGAAUGCGCUUGCUCAAUGGCGUUUUGCACAAUGUGGGCAUGAUCCGCAGCGGAUGGUGCUAUGGCGGCUGGGAAACGCACAUAUCCGAGCUCGAGAAAUUCGCCGUACUCGCAGCAAAAUAUAUGUGUCAAGAUGCCGCAAGAUCUCGAGCGGGCGAAUGGAUCGAUGUUCAGAUCAAAAGACUUUUGGGACUGCUCGAUGCAGGUGCGAGUGCGAGUGUUGACUAUGAAUUUGUACAAGUCCUUAAAGCUAUCGAUCUCCUUGACGACCAUGUCCGCUUCGCCUACCUCUCGAACAAUCUUGGUCGUAGAGGCUGGUCUCUGGAUCAAGCGUUCGCUGACGCCCAGGAUGAUGCCCUCGCUCCGUAUAAGCUACGCGCGCAAAAAAAAAAACUAACCACGGCAGACCACUACGAGAGAAGCAAGGACACGGCAAUUCGAAAGCUCGGCGACAUGCUUGAUCAGAUCGGUGAGACCGUCUUACGCCACACCAUCCAAACGUACGGAGCCUCACCACCCGGUCGUCAUCGUGGUCUGCAAUGCAUCUCGACGAGAAAUCUGGCAUCAUGGCUACUAGAAGAGCUAGCCAAUGGGCAAUUAUGGCCGCCUGAAAAGCGUCCGGCCACUUUGCCAGCACUCUUGGAUAGGCUGCAAUGCUAUCGGACAAACAUCGUGUCUUGGCGAUGCUAUCAGGAUUUGUGGGGAUGUCUUCGUUGGAAUUUCCCCGGUAAAAGACUUUCUUGCACCUCACAAUCGGUCGUUAGUGAUACGCAUAAUGGAAUUAAGGAUGCUCAGGAUUUUGCUGAGAAGGUUUUUGUUGGAGUCUUGCAUGGCUGCUUUCGGGGUGGUUGUAAGGAUGAGCGCGGCUGUUGUCUAAUGGCGCUGAUGGGAGACGUGUUGAUGGGGUUUGAUGCAGAUGAGAGCACGAAUUACUGCGAUGUAGCAGAAUACCAUGUAUCAGAGAGAUGGAAUCAUUGUACUGCACCUCAAUCAAGACUUAUAACGUACGCUGUCUACGUGUCCUACCUACAUCUCCGCAGACAUCACGUCCACGAGGUCUGCAAACCUCAAAAACCUCCCCAUGAUGGGGCAAUCAUCUCGCGACAAUCUAUAAGUAUCCUCCUCUCCGCUCCAAAAGCGGCCAUGAGUUAUAAAGAUAUCUUCAUCACGGGCAUGACCAUAUCUGUAUGUACUAUUAAUGUGAUUGAUUAG